UUAAUUAAUUAAAUUAUGUGCAGAUAACUUUUGAACUAGCAGUGAAGCAACUCAUGAGCUUUGAUCCAAAUGAAUGGACCGAAAGUCUAAGGAAGGAGUACGUCCUACUGAUCGAAGGCUUCUUCUCCGUUCCUUUGCCUCUAUUUUCCACCACCUACCGCCGGGCCAUUACUGCGCGGACAAAGGUGGCGGAGGCAUUGACCUUGAUAGUGAGGCAAAGGAGGGAGGAGAGCGAAGCCGGGCAGAUAAAAGAGGACAUGUUAGGCGCACUUUUGAGCGGAGACACCGCACUCUCCGACGAGGAGAUUGUGGAUUUCUUGCUUGCUUUGCUGGUGGCCGGCUAUGAAACCACCUCAACAAUCAUGACACUUGCCGUAAAGUUCUUGACGGAGACACCUCUGGCCCAUGCUCAACUCAAGGAGGAACAUGAGCAAAUUAGGGCGAACAAGAAGUCAUCCGAGACUUUGGAAUGGAGUGAUUAUAAGUCAAUGCCAUUCACUCAGUGUGUUGUAAACGAGACACUGCGAGUAGCAAACAUAAUUAGCGGGAUAUUUAGGCGGGCAAUGACGGAUGUUCACAUUAAAGGAUACACAAUCCCUAAAGGUUGGAAGGUAUUUGCAUCGUUCCGUGCUGUACAUCUUGAUCAAGAUCAUUUCAAGGACGCUCGAACUUUUAAUCCAUGGAGGUGGCAGAGCAACUCUGGACCGGCCACAAGCCCAGCAAAUGUGUUCACACCAUUCGGAGGAGGGCCAAGGCUGUGCCCAGGCUAUGAGCUUGCCAGAGUAGAAAUCUCAGUCUUCCUUCACCACUUAGUCACUCGUUUCAGCAGUUGGGUUCCUGAUGAGGAAGAUAAGCUGGUGUUUUUUCCGACGACGAGGACGCAGAAGAGGUACCCGAUCAAUGUGCAGCGGAGGAACAAUGUGUCAUAUGGGCAAUGUAAAGAGUAAACCAGAGGAGAAAGCAAAUGAGUCAGGAAAUUAUGUAGUAGUACUAGAGCUGUAAUAUCCUUUGAUCUCCAACCCAAUAAAAUUAUAUUAUUAAUUAAUUAA